AUGUUUUCAUUUCUCUGGAGAUUGUUACGUGGUGUUGUGGGCGGGGAACUGUGUUACUAUAGGUUACGUGGUGUUGUGGGCGGGAACUGUGUUACUAUAGGUUACGGUGGUGUUGUGGGCGGGAACUGUGUUACUAUAGGUUACGGUGGUGUUGUGGGCGGGAACUGUGUUACUAUAGGUUACAGUGGCGUUGUGGGCGGGAACUGUGUUACUAUAGGUUACGGUGGUGUUGUGGGCGGGAACUGUGUUACUAUAGGUUACAGUGGCGUUGUGGGCGGGAACUGUGUUACUAUAGGUUACGGUGGUGUUGUGGGCGGGAACUGUGUUACUAUAGGUUACGGUGGUGUUGUGGGCGGGAACUGUGUUACUAUAGGUUACAGUGGCAUCGUGGGCGGGAACUGUGUUACUAUAGGUUACAGUGGCAUCGUGGGCGGGAACUGUGUUACUAUAGGUUACGGUGGUGUUGUGGGCGGGAACUGUGUUACUAUAGGUUACGGUGGUGUUGUGGGCGGGAACUGUGUUACUAUAGGUUACGGUGGCAUCGUGGGCGGGAACUGUGUUACUAUAGGUUACCGUGGUGUUGUGGGCGGGAACUGUGUUACUAUAGGUUACAGUGGCAUCGUGGGCGGGAACUGUGUUACUAUAGGUUACGGUGGCAUUGUGGGCGGGAACUGUGUUACUAUAGGUUACAGUGGCAUCGUGGGCGGGAACUGUUACGGCGGCAUUGUGGGCGGGAACUGUGUUACUAUAGGUUACCGUGGUGUUGUGGGCGGGAACUGUGUUACUAUAGGUUACGGUGGCAUUGUGGGCGGGAACUGUGUUACUAUAGGUUACGGUGGCAUCGUGGGCGGGAACUGUGUUACUAUAGGUUACAGUGGCAUUGUGGGCGGGAACUGUGUUACUAUAGGUUACGGUGGCAUCGUGGGCAGGAACUGUGUUACUAUAGGUUACGGUGGCAUUGUGGGCGGGAACUGUGUUACUAUAGGUUACAGUGGCAUCAUGGGCGGGAACUGUGUUACUAUAGGUUACAGUGGCAUCGUGGGUGGGAACUGUGUUACUAUAGGUUACGGCGGCAUUGUGGGCGGGAACUGUGUUACUAUAGGUUACAGUGGUGUUGUGGGCGGGAACUGUGUUACUAUAGGUUACGGUGGCAUCGUGGGUGGGAACUGUGUUACUAUAGGUUACAGUGGCAUUGUGGGAGGGAACUGUGUUACUAUAGGUUACCGUGGCAUUGUGGGCGGGAACUGCAUUCUGAAAAGUUUAAAGCUCAAAUAUUAA